GACCAGAGAGAACGUAACCGAAACAGAAACACAUUUCUCUGACUUUAUAACUUUCGCUUUUUUAAUCUUUAAGCGUGUGAAACGUUAAAAAAAAAAACAAAAUAAGAGUAAGAACCUCAAUAAUAAUAUCAUCCGUACGCUCUCUCUCUCUCUCACACUCUCGAGUCUCCAUUUCAAUACAAACCUUUUCAGAUUCUCCAGAGAUUUACAUUUUCUUUGGCGAUUCUCUUGGAAAAUUUCGAUUUUUUUUUUUUUUUUUUUNAUGAUGAAUUAGUGAUAUACCAGAAGACGAAGAAGAGAGGAUCGAAUUCGAUAGACUCGUGUUCUUGAUUUUGAUUUGUGAUUCAAAAUAUGGAUCCGUCGACUUCGAACAGCCGGAAACAACCGAUUCUCCGUCGAAGUCUCUCGACGCCGUCGUUAUGUUGCGGAGGAUCUACGACGGCUGAGUGUUGCGGUGGUACGACAGCGAGUUUCGCGGCUUUAUGUCUUUGCGCUCCUUGCAGCGUCGUGAACCUCUUCGUUCUCGCUUUUUACAAGGUUCCUCGAGGGAUCUGCCGCCGUAUCAUGCGACGGAGAAAGUCAGCGAAAAAGGAGCUUUCGGAGAGUGGAGGAGAUUGCGAUCAGAGGAAGCUGGGUAAAGUAGGGAGUUCGCAUUUCGCUGUUCAUCCAUUAGAGAGCAAAGACAACGACGAAGAGGACGGUUUAGAUGAUGAUGAAGCUGUGAUUGCAUUGGAGAAGGAGAUGUGGAACAGAUUUCACAGUGGAGGUUUCUGGCGAAGCCUUUCACGACCUGAAACGACGUCGCCUCAUUAGGGGACCCGGGGAGGUUUUUUACUAUUCUUGUAGAUUUGUUUUCUUAAUUGUUAACUGUGUAAAACCCAAUGUGAUCAAUGUUGAUAGCAAUGAUGUGUCGUUUCAAUUUGUCUA